CCUUCUAUCUAGCAUUCUAGCUAGCUAUGGCUUCUUACAACUCCAAUCAUCGUCCCGAUCCGGAGGUUCUGGUACAAGAGAACAAUUCAUCUGUGAGGACACUGACACUAAACAGGCCUCAACGCAUGAAUGUUCUCUCCCUUGAAAUGCUCUCUCGGCUCUCUGAGCUGUUGCUCGCCUAUGAUCAUGAUACCAAAGUCAAACUGGUCAUGCUCAAAGGUAAUGGAAAAGCAUUUUCUACAGGCGGUGAUAUCGCUGUCAUGGCUCAUCAUCUCAGAAAUGGUGAUUGGAGGUCUGUUGUAAAAGAAUCCGAAGUGCUUUUUAAGUUAAUCUUCUUGAUAGAAACCUACAGUAAACCCCAGCUUUCAGUUCUCAAUGGCAUAGCCAUGGGAAGGGCAACUGGUAUUUACUUAGCUUCCAGAUUCCGAAUAGUACCAGAGAAUGCCACGUUUUGUAUGCCAGAGACAGCUAUGGGAGGGUUUCCUGACACCGGUGCCUCUUAUUUCCUUCCGAGACUUCCCGGUUUCUUCGGAGAAUAUCUUGCCCUAACCGGUGCCAGAUUGGACGGUCCUGAAAUGCUUGCUUGCGGUCUAGCAACUCACUUUGUUCCCGCAACCAAAUUGGCUUUGCUAGAAGAAGCACUAGUAUGCAAAGUUGCUUUGACGAAAGAUGGUACCUCAAUCACUGAUCUUGAAAUUUCUAUUUCAGCUAUUAUUAAUGAAUACUUGGUCGUCCAACCAGCUUUGAAGAGAGGUAGCGCUUUACACAAAAUGGAUGUUAUUGAAAACUGCUUUUCGAGGAGAUCAGUGGAAGAAAUUUUAAGUGCACUCGAGAAGGAGGCUACAUAUCUUGAGGAUGAUGCAUGGAUAUCCUCCACAAUUCAAUCACUUAAGAAGGCGUCGCCGACAAGUUUGAAGCUAUGUUUGAGAUCGAUCAGAGAAGGAAGGUCGCAAGGGCUCAGUGAGUGUCUUGUUCGAGAACAUACAAUGGGGUACCAUAUUGCGAGGGGAAAAAUAAGCAGAGAUUUCAUAGAGGGUUGCGCAAGACUGCUGUGGGACAAGAAUAAGAUCAGUAAGUGGGAGCCUAGUAAGUUGGAGCUUGUCACUGAUCAGAUGAUCGAUCGCUACUUCUCCAAGAUGGAUGAUAAUGAAGAGGCGGAAGUAUUUAAGCUCCCUGCAACUGCAAGAUCCAGCAACUUCCAUGCCAUAGCCAAGCUUUGA